AUGUCUCGCCAAGACACUCCGGCCCGUCGCGAGGGUGCCCCUAGGCACGCAUCCAGCGCAGAGUACUUCAUGGAGCUGGUGAGAGCCCAGGAGCACGCAUCGCGCCAAACGCCGCAUCUCUCCGAUCAGCUCUUCACGUACAACGAGGAGGAGUAUGCCCCCUUCGACCUCGACCCUGUGCGACCAGCACAUAUCACACCAGCCGACGAAACCCUUGAUUGCGCAUGCACCCGGACGCUCGGGACCGGGGAGUGCACGAUUCGAGGGGCUCCAGGCAGUCUUCUGCACCGCCUUGAGAUGCACUCAGAAGCGUCCCUACCGCCUGGGAUGCUCAAGAAUGCGCGCCCAGCAAUUAUAUCAAAUGCGUCUAAGACUCUGCGCACCCGUAAUGCAGAAACCAAGAAGAUUAUUACAUCUGAGAGACUCGUGGGCGGCAUGAAAACGGGCGCUGACGUCAUUGCAUACUUUGCACGGACGCCCGACAAGGCAGUCGUCAAGAUUGUCUAUUGCUCGCCCACCACCACCCCGGUUGACAAGGUAUAUAACCCCUACAGCCUACGCGUCAUUGACGGUGACGUCGCAAAGAAGCUUCCUGUCUACUACACAAUAUCCCAGAACGGCGUCAUGCGUGUGGUCAAUAGUGACGUCAAGGUUUUAAAGGUCUACGACAUGAUCAAUGACAAGAGCACUCUUAAUCCGAGCCUCUACAAACUUGAAAAGACAGUCGAUAAAAACUUAGCACAUCCAUUGCGCCAGGAUGGAAUUCCCGGCGGCACAGACACUGAUUUUUUUGCACUCGACCCUUGUGCAGGGUCAGACGGAGCUAGCGACGGCAAUGAUGCUACCAGCAGGGUGCAUUGCGACGCUGUUGGGGACGCUUCUUCCAAUGAUGGCUUCCAGCACCGCAGCUCCGGCAUCGACACAGGAAUUAGGGGCGACAAGAGCCACCGCCGGAAGCCAGAACAGACCGACCCAAACAUCCUCAGUAGGACAAUAGAGAGCGACCUCGUGACGGCAUUCCACGACGAUGCUUCCGAGUUUACCAUGCUGGAUAGAUGGAUAUUGGAGGCGUCUAACUUUGACAUACUGCGGAACUACAAGUUUUUUAAGCACUUCUAUCAGCUCAAGACCCUACAGACAUGGAUAGCUUUCCGAAAGUACAAACGCUACUGUCGUAAUCGCAAGAGUAUUACUAAGUCUCUUUUCCUAUCCAGGCCACACUUCCUGCAGUCUCUCAAGACCAUAUGGGCUAUACUGUAUGACAUCAAGAUGUCUCAAUGUAUUGACUUGCGGGCUACCUCGAACACUACUGCACCCAAGCGUGAUGAUGCAGAUGAAAGUGCCAUCAGCGCAUCCGCGCAGGGCCUCACCACUUCCGGGUCAGGAGACGUGCCCUCGCUGCCUUCUGGCAUCGCGCAGCCUCUGCAGGCGUGGAAGGCUGCGCAAAUACACACAAAGCGCACAGUGUCUGAAUCCUUGGACGCAGCCAACGACAGCAUACUCACCGAGAUCACCGCUCUUUGCAAUGAGCUGCGAAAGAGGGCGAGUGACGAUGACGAGAUGGACCAGGCCAAGCUUCCACUUUUUAUGCGGCAGAAGAUAGCAAAGGUCAAGUCCAUUACCGCUACAAAAGCCGAGCAGCUCCACAGACGCCGAGCAAUACAGCAGGCUCAGUUUGAACUUGUGACUAUCUCCGACUUCAUAGUGCUCUGUGACUUUUUGUACAAUGAGGCCAUGCUCGAAAUGAUUUAUGCCAGCACCCUGAAUCUAGCAAACGCAGUUGCAAACCCUCCUCCGGCCACGCCCGGACUUAUUAUCUCAGAAAUAUUCUUCCAAGAAAUUCCCCCAGGAAAGCGCUACGAGGAGAUUCCCCUCGUUGGAGAUGUUCAAUUUAAUCCACCCCUGCAUGAGAUACAGGCUACUCUUCUGGACUCCGUCUCGGAGGCCAUUAACGUAUGCUCACAGCAGACGCAUCUCAGCCAGCUGGCCGCCCUCCGAGAAUACUUUAUUCUAGCCAACAAACAGCUCCCCAACCCUCAGAAUAUCUCAACCAUCGCCAGCAACGAUGCAGAGGUCCAGGCGGCGCUCAAGGUAAUACGUGAUAGUUCGACCGAGCAAAUUGCAAAGCUGGAGGCCUUCUCGAAGAGCUACUCUCAGCUUUAUCCUAUUCACGCCUUUCUCUCCACCUGGAACGAGGAGCUCUACGCGGCAAAGUUCAAGGAUACGCUCAGCUGUGAUCUAAAGCUCCUUCUACCAAGUUUCAUUGUGAAUCCCACAACAAACAAGAAAGUCACAAAGCUCCACUCUUACCUCAAAAAUCCUCCUAAUCCACAACAGGUCCCACUAGAGGAUCGCCGCCUUUUGGAGGAUACAUUUGAAUCGGCACGCGCAGCCUAUGGCACGCGACCACUGGAACGUCAAAUCACGAUCUUCCGGGGCUGGUCUCAGAUUCUUUCGCGCAUGGCUGCAAAUACUUCGACAGGAUUCACGCAGCUAGACGCGCGCAGCCUCCUGCAGACUCUUCAGCCUGUUCCCCUUAUUGGGCUCAAGGCCGUCGAGAAUACAGCUCUCUCUGUCCUGCGCAACCUCGUUUCCAAGUGCACCACUGCGUUUAAAACGCACACAAAGGUCCUUUCUAUCGAGCCGAAGACUCUUACAGAGUUUUGUAAUUACAUAGAGUAUAACCGAUCGAUCGACAAGGAAAUUGAGCACCUCAUCUCUGAGGUCCAGCUGGCUGAUGAUAUCCUAAUUAUGCUAACCUCACCGAACAAUCUCCAGUCAACCCCUCCUAAUCAAAUGUUUGUUGCUUUUGAUGUGUCUACGACAGUUGACGACCUCUUUACUAUGGAUGCAAAACUCAAUCCGUCAAUUCCAGGCCUUGGUCUUAAGGUUUCUGUUUCUGAUCGCACCUCUGUUGAUACGCUUCAUGGGGAGCUCCAGGUUUUACAGAACAGGCGCGCGUUGGCUGACCAGUUAGUUAAGGACCAGCACUAUGUCAUGGCAUCUUCCCUCAAGGAAAUGAUCACCACGACGACCAACGACAUCAACGACAUUAGGCUCACGCUUUUAUCAGGAUCUGCUUGUGAUUCUAACGCCGAUCCGCGCUCUGUUGUCAGCCACAUCGAUGAGUUGAGUGCGACGCUUAACGAUAUGACAAAGCACUACGGUGGAUUGUCUGAUCAGAAUGACAUCCUUACGGGAUGGUAUAAUCGGGACGCAGAAGCAGAAGAGGACGAAGACGAGCCUGAGAAGCCAAGGACGAAGAAGGAGCCCCUUAAGCUUUCCCCAGGCCAGAAUGCUACUCCUAGUCAGCUGGUUUGUAUGUCGAAUAUCGAGACUCUGACGGAGCUGAAAGGGACCAUCGCACAGAUCAAACAAGAUCUGGACUUGCGAAGUCGCAUGUGGAAACGCAUGCACGAAUGGCGCAUAUUCGAGGAUCGUCUUAUGGUCUCUUCUUGGAUAGACACCGUCAUUAACUGCAAACUGGAAGAGGCAGAGCCUAACGAAGCUGGCGUUGCUGUUGCCUCGGCAGUCGAAGGCGAAAAGGACGCAGCUGAAGGAGAGGCGGCAGCCGAUGAUGCACUCGAUGCUCAUGACGAAAGUGCUGAUGACACAGAGAAAAAAGUAGACCCGAUUGUUGCCAAGUUCAAGUACCUCAGUGCAGAAACGUGUCUAAGCUUCAUUAAUGAAGCAACUAAGGAUUCGACAAAGUUCGCUAGACUUCUCCCAGAGGAUGGUGUCGCAGCUGCACUGAAGAGGGCUGUUACAUCUAUGAAGCAGAAGUCCCAGCUAAUCGCUGAUCUGGGGAAUAUUAACCUAAAGCCACGCCACUGGGAAAAGAUCUUUGAGACUCUGAAGCCAUUUGCUAAGGAGCCAGGGUCAUUGAGCUAUAACUCGGGUUUUUCGUUUGAGACGCUCCUAGAUGCUGGUGUUCUGAAUAAGCGCGCCGAGAUAGCAUCGAUUUCUGCUACUGCAAGCGGAGAGCGCAACAUAGAGCUUUCUCUGGAGAAAAUACGGUGUAUAUGGGAAGGAACCGUCCUGGCUGUCAAGGAAUACAGCUCUCGUUCUGGUGUCCUGCACCACAUAAUUUCUGGCGUUGAGGAGAUCUAUCAGCAGCUGGAAGACUCCACCUCUACUCUUCAAGCGAUGGCUGGAUCCAGAUACAUUGCAGGGAUCAAACCGGCCGUGGAGUCAUGGGAAAAGAAGCUCAGUACAUUUGCUGAGGUGCUAGACGAAUGGUGCAAGAUGCAGCAAACCUGGCUGUAUCUGGAGAGCAUCUUUGCACCAGAUGAUAUCCGCAGACAGCUUCCACGCGAGUCCGCUGAUUUCUCCCAGGUUGAUGCGUUUUGGCAGAAGCUAAUGGAGACUGUUGCAAGCAACCCGUGCAUUAUGACAGUCGUGGAUGCAGGGAUCCCAAAUACGCCCCUUGCAAACCACGACCUUCUUAAGGAGUUGACAGCUGCCAAUGAAAAGCUGGAGGUAAUCCAGAAACGUCUCGAAGAUUACCUUGAGUCCAAGCGUCUUGCGUUUCCACGCUUCUUUUUCCUAUCAAACGACGAACUUCUCCAGAUUCUUGCUCAGACGACGGAGCCCAGCACUGUUAGACCCUUCCUUAGGAAAAUCUUUGAAGCUAUUGGAGAUAUAGAGCUCGAGGAGUUGGGUGAGCAACCACUUACAACUACCACAUCGGCUAGUGCCAAAAGGCGCAAACGAAUGGCAACUACAGAAGAUGCUGAUGAGGACGAGCCCUCGUUACCGGCCUCCGGUCCCCAGAAGAAGAUAACUGCCAUGAUCUCUCCUGAGGGCGAAAAAGUCAUGUUUGUCAACUGCGUCGUUCCAUCUGGUGGACUAGUGGAAGUCUGGCUCACUGCGCUUGAAAAGGAAAUGGUGAAUACGGUGCGCUACAACAUGUAUCACACUCUAAGCUUUUCUCCUCGGGUCGGAGAGCAACGCAAAGAAUGGAUGUUUGACCAUCCUGCGCAGUGUGUCAUGGCUGCUGGCCAAGCUGUGUGGUGUAAUGGGGUGGAAGAGGCCUUACUCAUCGAUGCCGAAAAGGGAUCUAGUGGGAGAGAGGCUAUGGAGCGCUUUAGUGAAAAUCUUCUGAAGCAGAUUAACGAACUAGUCUCCCUCACCAUGACAGAUCUGAGCAGCCAGCAGCGGGGGCUCAUCUCGACGCUUAUUGUCUUAGAGGUCCAUAGCCGUGACGUCACAAGCUCUUUGUUAGAUUCCUCCUCAGAAAACUAUUGUCUUAUCCCAUCAGAGUUUGGGUGGCUGAAGCAGCUCCGCUACUAUUGGCACCAUAAUGAUAAAGCGAAAAGGGUAGCGCAUUCUCAGUUGGAUUCCGAUGAAUUCUCUGGAGAUCUUGUUAUUCGACAGACAAACUCAUUUUUCACGUGCGGAUACGAGUACAUGGGCAUCAGUACACGGUUGGUUCUCACACCACUGACGGACAGAUGCUUCAUUACGCUAACGUCGGCGCUGGCGAACUUCAUGGGCGGGGCCCCCCAGGGGCCUGCAGGCACAGGUAAGACGGAGUCGACAAAGGACCUUGCUAAAGCGAUGAGCAUCCAAUGCCUCGUCUUUAACUGUUCAGAGGGGCUCAAUGUUGCUGCCAUGGGGAAGUUCUUUAUUGGCCUGGUGAUGUGCGGUGCUUGGAGCUGCUUUGACGAGUUCAACCGCAUUGAGGUUGAGGUUCUUUCUGUCGUAGCAUCCCAGAUCCUUUGCAUUCAAACGGCAAUCCUUACAGGCGCUGAUCACUUCCUCUUCAACGCAGGAGGAUCGUCAGAAGAUGGCCUAGACAUAUCGGUCGGUAACGGGGAUCCGACAAAGCGCUGCGGUAUAUUCAUCACAAUGAACCCAGGGUAUGCGGGCCGUGUGGAGCUUCCGGAUAACCUGAAGGCACUUUUCCGCCCUAUCUCUAUGGUUGUUCCCAACUACGCCUUAAUUGCGGAGAUCAUUCUCUUCUCAGAGGGCUUUACAACGGCCAAGGUCCUUAGCCGCAAGAUGGUGCAGCUCUACAAGCUCAGCUCGGAGCAGCUAUCGCACCAGAGCCAUUACGAUUUCGGUAUGCGUGCGAUCAAAUCGGUCCUUGUCAUGGCUGGUGGGCUACGGCGCAAGUAUAUUCACCUAAGCGAGGACAUAGUCCUCAUCCAGGCCAUGCGUGAUGCCAACUUGCCGAAGUUCCUCGUUGACGAUAUCGAGCUCUUCAUGGGCAUUAUCCAGGAUCUCUUCCCCGGCGUCCAGAUUCCCUCUGUGGAGCACGGCGGGUUACACGCAGAGAUUGUUCGAAUUCUCUCAGCCAAAGGGCUUCAACCGUGUGCUGAAUACGUCAGCAAGAUUCUCCAGAUCUAUGAUACUCACAUUAUAAGACAUGGGCUAAUGACGGUAGGAGACACUCUGACAGGAAAGACCGUGGCUAGAAAUGUCUUGGCAGAUGCUAUCACUGCCAUAGCCGAACAGCGAGCUGCGCAGAAUAUGGACCCUGAUGGCUAUCAUCCCGUCGCCCAGUAUGUUUUAAACAGCAAGGCCGUCACCAUGCCAGAGCUCUAUGGGGAAUUCAAUAGUAUUUCUCAUGAUUGGACUGAUGGCCUGAUAGCUGUCAUUGCGCGGAAGAUGAUCGAUCCCAACAAUGCUCACCUAAAGCAUUGGAUUUGCUUUGACUCACCUGUGGACGCCCUUUGGAUAGAGAAUCUGAACACAACACUAGAUGACAAUAAAAUGAUCUGCCUAGCCAACGGAGAACGUAUCCGCCUCCACAACAAGGUUAAUCUAUUCUUCGAGGUAGCAGACCUUAGCCAAGCGUCGCCUGCCACAGUCAGCCGCUGUGGAAUGAUCUACUUUUCUGACGACUUCAUCGGGUACAAUAAUCUGUUAAAGUCUCUUAUUGUUGAUAAUUGCUCCAACUUUGCUCAAAAGGUGCUUGCUCUUGUUUGUCUCGAGGAGUUCAGUCUCGACCUAUUUGAACUGCGAGACGCGGCCAGGGUUCUCAUGGACUCGACGACUCUUCUACCUGACGAGGAAGAUGAGAAUAUCGACGAGUACAAGCCUGACUUACCUGUGGCAGAUGCACAUGGCACCGAGCCCCUGAUCGAUAACCAAUCCCCUGCACAGAGCGGUGACGCGCAGACAGUUGAAUUGUCAGUUCCUACAUAUCCUCGCCCAUUACGGCAAUUCCAGACAUUUGAGCAACUGCUUCAUAAGCUCACUGUGCAGCUUUUAGCUCGGCUUCACAGACAACUCUGUAUGGUUUACCCAAAGGUGAUCAGCUUUUUGCGCAACGAUUGCAGAGAGGAGAUGCGGACAGUCGACUUCCAACUGGUCUUUUCUCUUUAUCAGAUCCUCGAAGCAGCUGUUUCUGAGCGCGUUGCAUUCACAAAAGAUAAGGUUGCAGAGAUAGCCAUGCAGAAAAAGAUCCAGGAGCAAUACGAGGCUGCAAGCGCGAUCAACAGGGAACGUGUGCAGAGUGCGUCGCGUAAUACGGCUAGCUCAGGAGCUCCAGAACUAGCCACCGGCCAAGCAGCGGACACCGUCCUUGCUGAGAAGACAGCCAUCUCGACCUUUUUAGAGAGACUGCCCCCUCCUGAAGUCUUGACAAGUCGAGCGAUGUCUGGAAUAGCGCCGGUCGUUUCUAUCAUAUUGGAGCAGCGCAUUAUCUUUGCAAUUGCAUGGGGCUUAGCAGGGAGUAUUGUUGCUGAACAUAAGAUCAAUCUAGAUAAGUUCCUUCGUACACUCUUAACAAGCCCGAAGGAGUUUGCCAGCAGUGGCGACAUGCCUGCGGAGAUCUCCUCUCUUGCCGUAGCACUUCCUCCUGACCACCUUCCGGGAGGCCAGCCCGCUAGUAUCUAUGACUGGAAGCUUGAUAAUCAAACCCGAGGCUACUCUCCGUGGGAUACCGGCACCAUGGCCACUUUGUUUGGCAGCAAGAAAUUUGAUCCCCUUGUGCUCCAGCAAGGAGGGUCUGUCUAUGAUAUGAUUGUUCCGACGCCAGACUUUAUAAAAAUGUGUGCGGUGACUCAGUCGCUCCUUCGCAAUGGUAACAACAUUUUUCUCUGUGGGCCUACCGGGACCUCCAAAACAUCUAUCGUUAAGACCAUUUUCAACCGUUGUAUCGGCAAUAUAGAGCUGAAUAAGAAGCCUGCAGAAAGUAAGAAGAGCGCCGAUACUAAAGAGGAGGAAGAGCCUACCGCUGUGGUACCAAAUGAAGAGCAGCGCGACUUCACUCAGGAGGCUGCUUACCUGAACGCUAACACGCUCGAGUUUCCGAUGUCGGCCCAGACACGCGCUGCAGCCGUAGAAAACGCAAUCAUUGAGAAGAUGGAAAAGAAGAGAAAAACGCUGUUUUGUCCAGCAAAUCAAAGAAAGUCAUUCUAUGUCUUCAUUGAUGACUCAACUAUGCCCACUCCGGACACAUACGGAUCUCAGCCUCCUAUUGAGAUUCUUAGGCAGAUCAUUUCGGAAUCAGGGUGCUAUGACCGCCAGAAGCUUGUAUUCCGCACCUUGGAGGGGCUUCAGUUCCUUUGUGCGUCCCAGCCUCCGGGAGGCGGGCGCAAUGAGGUGACGCGUCGGUUUAGUGGGAAGUUUGUGGUGCUUAGCUGCCCUGAGCUAACAGAUUCAGCCAUGAUCAGCAUAUUCGGCAAUCUUCUUCAAGGAUUCAUGGCGUCGACCGGGGAGUCAUCUAAGACCUUUUCUCCCGAAGUUCGCAAGAGUCUGCGUACGUGCGUUGAGUUUGUCGUCCGCCUGUAUAGUGCAACCAAGCAGGAGAUCAGGGCAACACCGCUCAAAUCGCACUAUUCGUUUAACGUCCGAGAUAUUGCUCGAGUGGUUGGAGGAGUUUUCUCUACCACCCCACAUGAGGUUACGUCUCUGCCUAGCCUGGUCACACUGCUUGUGCACGAGUCUUAUCGCGUUUUCAGAGACCGUCUAGUUGACGACAAGGACUGCGGCACAUUUGACAAAGUCUUACUGAAGAAUAUCUGGUACUUCUUUGAAGACAGGAUUGUACAAUUUGAGCAAAAGACGUCUAAUGCAUCCGAGGAUGGCAAGAAGGAGCUGGACGAGGGAGCUGAGGAGGACGAGUACUACAUUGAGCUUGACUUUGAAGAGCCUGUGCAGCGAUCUGACGAUGAAGUGCAGCGUCUUGCCGCCCUGGAGCAGAAGGUCUACACUGACGAGGAGCUUGGCAGCAUGCUCGAGCGCAUAAAUUUGUGGACAGGUUGCCCAAUACAAUGCACUGAGCUAAUCUAUGGGCGCUGGGCCAAUCCUGGAGGAACCUAUGGCGACGGAGUGUACUGUCCCUACAGAAAUCUCUUCAACCAGACACGAGACGUCGAGAAUUGCCUUAACUAUUACGUUGACUCCAUUUCAGAGGUCCAGGAAGACCCUCCGCCUUCUGCUGGAGCAAAGAGUCAGGUAGACUUCCAAGAGCUUCUCGAUAACGCCAUCCAAAAUGACGACUCUGCUGGAUCUGCGCGUCUAGUCAUGUUCCACGAUGCUAUCCUACAUUUCUCUCGCCUCUUCCGCGUCAUCACACAGCCUCGCGGACACAUGCUCAUGAUUGGCUUGUCCGGAAGUGGGCGGCGUAGCUUGGUCCGCCUUGCAGCUUUUGCAGCGGGCGCAAAGGUCGUUUACCCAGCAGCAUCUAAGCUCUAUGGGCUCAACGAAUUUAACGAGGAUUUAAAGCGCUGUAUGCUUACAAGUGGCUGCGAGAACGUUCCAACUAUUCUGCUGCUUUCGGAGUCGCAGCUAGAUCCCCACGAUCAUUUCCUUGAGAUCCUCAAUGGCAUCUUGAACGGCGUUGCGCUUCCAAUGUCCCUCUGGAAACCCGAUGAGAAGGAGAAGAUAAUGCAGAAAACGAUCGAGUUGGCGUCGGUCGCUGACGAUGAUAACGAGUCUAGCAGUAAGCGAUCCUUCUUGCCUCAUGAGCUUUGGCAACUCUUCUACCGAAACGCAAGAAGCAACUUCCACGUCUGCCUCUGUCUUUCACCAAUUGGAGAGAGCCUUCGCCGCCGCUUGCGGAUGUUCCCGGCUCUCUCGAGCUGUAUGACUAUUGACUGGUUUGCAAACUGGAACGCUGAAGCGCUAGCUGGUGUGGCUAUGUACGAGCUUAACAGCAUCCACCCGGCGUUCUUGGGAGCCGACCAAAGUGCGGCAUCUGAAACCCCCACUUCUGCCCCGCACUCCCGUGAAGGCAAGCCACGUACCGACAAGCUCCUUGCUCUAAAACAGAGCAUUGCAGAGGCGUGUGUCGUUAUGCAUGGAUCAACAGAGGCGUCCUCUGAACAGUAUUUUGCUCAGACAAAGAGCCGCAUUUAUAUUACUCCACCGCUCUUCCUAUCCUUCAUUCGCCUCUUUAAGCGAAUUUUUGCUAAAUCAGUCGGCAAGCUCAAGGUGAGGGAGUCUAUCCUUCAGUCUGGUCUCACAAAACUUGUUUCGACGCGUGAGCAGGUUAGCGAAAUGCAGAAGACCCUCACAAAUCUACAGCCCGUGCUCGCUGACUCCGUUGCGAAAACAGAAGCGUUGCUCGUAAACUUGUCGUCGGAAACAGAGGAGGUCAACAAGAUUAGAACAGUCGUUCAAGCAGAGGAACAAGAGGUUGCAAAGGUUGCAGCAGAAGCCGAGGAGAUCAAAGAUGACGCCCAGCGAGACCUGGACACGGCUAUGCCGGCCUUCAACGCGGCCAUCAAUAGCCUUAAGAGUCUUAACAAGAAUGAUAUCUCCGAACUCAAGUCAUUCAAGUCGCCUCCAGAACUUGUGCGAUAUGUUAUGGAGGCCGUUUGCAUUCUAAUGGAGACACCGAAGCAAGACUGGGACACGGCGCAGAAGGUUCUCUCUAAGACAGACUUCCUGCAGAGCCUUAUGACCUUUGAUAAAGACAACAUUAAGCCCAAAACUCUGCGCUCCCUUCGAAAGUACACACAGAAUCCUGACUUUGAUCCAGCAAAGGUUGAGAAGGUCUCCAAGGCAGCCAAGUCGCUGUGUAUGUGGUGUCGUGCCAUCGAUAUAUAUGCGAAAGUCUUCGCUGAAAUAGAGCCUAAGCGUGAACGGUUGGCUCAAGCCGAGCAGACCCUCAAGACCCAGCAGGAGGCACUGGCUGUUAAGCAGAAGGACCUUGCGGCCAUUGUAGCAAAGCUGGAUGCUCUGCAGGCCUCUUAUGAUGAGAGUAUUGCCAAUCGAACCAGAUUAGAGUCAGAAAUCGAGGAAACGCAGGUACGGCUUGACCGCGCAGAGAAGCUGAUUGCUGGCCUUGCAAAUGAAUACGAUGCAUGGAUUGCAGGUAUUGCAGACAUUAACCAACGACUGAAGACCGCUAUUGGAGAUGCCCUACUUGGUGCUGGCUACAUUGCCUACCUGGGACCCUUUUCUGCAGAUGAACGCGGAAACGUGCUUGCCCAGUGGAAGGCAACUGCAUUCAAUGGAAUAGACUUCUCUCCCAACUUUGCUUUGACAGAGUACCCCGCUGUUGCCGACCCCCGCGAAAUCCGCAACUGGAAAGAGCAGUGCACGCUCCCAUCUGAUAACGGAAGCGUAGAAUCUGCAAUCAUUGCGACGCAGGGGACCCGGUUUUCUCUUCUUAUCGAUCCAGAGUGUCAGGGUGUUCGCUUCUUAAAGCGCUUGGAGGAGAAGAACGGCCUUCAACUGACUUCUGGGACCGCUGUCGAUAACAUGAUGCGGACGCUCGAAAAUAGCAUACGUCUGGGCUCUCCUGUUCUGAUAGAAAAUCUCCAAGACGACAUUGACGGCUCAGUGAUGUCUGUCCUCCGGAAAGAGCUUAUAAAGAAGGGUGGCCAGUGUACAAUAAAGAUAGGUGAGAACGAAGUAGAGUACAACCCAGAUUUCAACCUUUAUCUCGCUACGCGCAAACGGCAGCCCAACUACAACCCAGACAUCCAGUCGUCUGCGUCUGUUGUGAACAUGGCUGUGUCAUCGAAGGGGCUGGAGGAACAGCUUCUUUCUCUCGUUGUUACUGUCGAAGAUGCACAGCUUGAGCGUGAAAAGGACACGAUUGCCUCGCAGCUUGCCGAGGGCCGUGAAACGCUAACGCAGUUGCAAGACAAGUUACUUGAUAUGUUAGCCAAUGCUACAGGAAACCUUUUGGACGACGAAAACCUCAUCAAUGCUCUCCAGGACUCCAAGCAAACACAGAAGCGUAUCGAUGAGCAAGUCGUCAACGCAGAGCAGACUGCAAAGCGGGUUGAUGCACUUCGUGAGCGCUUCCGCCCGGUUGCACAGCGAGGACGAAUUUUGUACGAGGUCAUUGCUAGCCUCUCGACGCUUGACUCCAUGUACAUUUAUUCUCUUGACUUCUUUAAGAUGCUCUUCACAAGGACCCUCAGCAAACUCCAGAGCCUUGCAGACGAAACUAGCGGGGUAUCACACGCUGCUGAAAGUUCGAGGCGCAGCGACAACCGGUCCUACAUCGGUACAAAUGAGCCCUCGGCCUCGGCUGGGCUGCUGUUGGACGACGAUGAGCAGAGCCAACGUAACCAAAUGGCAGAGUCCAAUAUUGGAGUUCCUGAUAGGCUACUAGCGGCCGAUGCCAGUUUCGAAAGUGAUGAGAGUGCAAUUCUACAGAGAAAAAUAGGAAGCAUGAUAUCCGCCAUCACGGAGGCAGCCUACGGAGCUAUAUGCAGAGGCAUCUUCGAAAAACAUAAGCGGAUCUUCAGCUUUAUGGUUGCCGUCUCCAUUCAGCGUGCCUCAGGGGCUUUAACUGGCAGGGAAUGGGCCAUCUUCAAGAACGUGGAAAUCAACGAAAAACAGUCGGAAGUGCCCGAUGACUUUUAUUCUCAUAUGCUUGCCACUCUUCAGUUUGGCCAGGAUGGCUCUAAGUAUGCAAACAUCAAUGCCAUAUAUAAGGUCUUACAUGCCUGUCUGGCAUAUGACGAAUUCCUUUCCUCGUCGCGUGAUGAUCCUGAGGGCUGGAAAGCAUGGUUAGAAAGUGAUGACCUGGAGCUGGUUGUCGAUAUGGCUCGUGGAAAUUAUAACGGAAAGCGCCCGUUCUCCCUGUCAGUUAGUGCUUUUAUCAGGUCGCUUGCUCCGUUCCAGCGCCUUAUGCUCUUAAAGGCGAUCAAUCCAGGUCGUUUGAUGUUCUACAUUCCUCAAUAUAUUGCAGACACGAUAGGAGAGUACUAUGUCCAGCCUCCACAGUUCCGUAUGGAGCAGGCGUACCUGGAUACCAGCUUUUCUACUCCAACUAUUUUCGUGCUGAGUGCAGGGACAGACCCGCACGCACAGCUGGUGGCUUUUUCAAAGGAAAAGGGAGCAGACAAGGGUUUGCGGACACUCUCACUUGGUCAGGGUCAGGGAGUCAUCGCAGAAAGAAUGCUCGCCCGCGCCAUUAUCGAAGGCGACUGGGUCUGUCUUCAGAAUUGCCACCUCUGUCUCAGCUGGAUGCCAAACCUCGCGCGCUUCGUAGAGAACUUGGCAACCAUGGAUCAAGAUGGAUGUGAUAUCACUGGUGCAGCAAUCAACAGGGACUUCCGCCUCUUCCUCACAUCCCUUCCCACAUCGAAGUUCCCUCAGUCAGUCCUUUCUUCAUCUGUCAAGAUCUCACACGAGCCUCCUCGUGGACUCAAGGCCAAUCUGAUUCUCUCUUAUAUGGGUCUCACUGAAGAGCUCCACGACUCUGUUCCAGAGGCCCCUGCUGUACUCCGUCACUGGCACAGGCUUAUUUUCGGUGUUGCGUUCUUCUACUCGUCUCUUUUGGAGCGUAAAAGGUUUGGGUCUGUUGCGUAUAAUAACCCGUAUGAAUUCAGCAUACCGGAUCUGGAAAUAAGCCGCAAGUUCAUCCGUCAAUAUCUUGUGGAUAGUGCCGUUGCACUGCAGCUAACUGAGUCAACCGUUGGAACAUCAAACAUACUUGGGCAGUCAUCUGGCCAGAACUUCCUCAAGUCCCUCUCCAACGCAGUGCCUUACCAGACCCUUCAGUACAUGGUAGGGGUUAUUGCCUUCGGAGGACGCGUUACGGAUUCCCUAGACCAACGCUGCAUUAAUGCAAUCCUUUCAUGCAUCAUCAAUCCAGAGCUCUUCACCGACCAACCAGAACUCUUUUUAGAGGAGGGUCAGGAGAGCAAGGUGUCCCCAAGUGGAAAGGUGUACAAAGCUCCCAACCCAGAGAUGAGCCUGGCGUCGACUAUAGAGUGGCUCACCCACGAAUUUCCUGUGGAGGCGUCUCCAAGCUUAUUUGGGCUCCACGCUAAUGCAGAGCUUACCUAUCAGCAUUCCGAGGCCAACCUUAUAGUAGAUUCAGUGCUUUCCAUGUCUCCUAAGGAGGCUGACGUUGCCAUAGAAAAUGAGGAGCGCAAGAAGCGCAUCGAGAGCGCAAAGGCACAGAGCAAAGCACCCGCAAUUGAGUCCGACGCUAGCAGCAAAGGCCAAGAACCGGAGAUCCAGGACGGUGGAGACGACGAGUCUAUGUCUCCAGCAGACAAACAGGUCCUUAAAUUCGCUAGCAGCCUCUUCGAUCGCAUCCCCGCAGACUUACUGCCAAGCAACAUUCACAUUCCUCCGCGGAUAUCAGUGGUGUCCAACGGAAAGGCGGUCAAGAUGCCCUCUCCUCUUUACGCAGUUCUCAAGCAAGAAUCUGAACGGUAUAACAAGCUUCUGGCUCUUGUCCGAGUUGCAUUUCAGGACGUGGGGAAGGCAAUUAAAGGACUGGCGAUCAUGUCUCCCCAGUUGGAGGACGUCUAUCAGUGUAUUUUGUUGAACAAGAUUCCACGGAUGAUAACAGAUGUUUGUUAUCCCACGCUCAAGCCACUAAGCUCGUGGAUUGUGGAUCUGAUCGAUCGGGUGCAGUUUAUGGCCGAUUGGAUUGAGCUGGACAGAGAGAAAGGAGUCGACUACCGAGUCGAUGACUUCCGCUGGCAAAUCAAGGGCUACGUGCCCAAGACUUUCUGGAUAGGUGCCUUCUUCUUCCCCCACGGACUUCUCACUGCUGAGCUUCAGCAUUAUUCUCGCAUUGAGGGAAUACCAAUCGAUGCCCUGGCCAUCUCCACCACCGUUCUUACAACCACGGAAGUCGACACCAUGGUUGCCCCAGACCGGAACGACCCCGGGCUGAUUAUCACUGGGCUCUAUGUUGAGUCUGCUCAGUGGGACGCGGAGGCCAAGGAGUUGACAGAGCCUGUUUAUGGACAGAUGAUCACUAGCCUGGGGCCUGUCUGGUUUGCCCCGUGCACAGAACUUGACAAAGAGAAGAUGUAUGCUAUGCCCCUGUACACUACCACUCUUCGCUAUGGGGUUCUUUCUACCACAGGCACCAGCACCAACUACGUCCUAAACAUGCAUCUUCCGACGAGCAAAGACCCGAGGCACUGGAUCCUGCGCGGGGCAGCCGCCUUCAUCCAAAGGAGUGACUAG